GACAUGGACGGCACGCUUACACGUGCCGUGAUUGACUUUGCGGAAAUGCGUCGCCGGGUAGCGGCGGUAGCGGGGCUGGACGGCAUACAAGGAGACAUCCUGGACGUCAUCGCCUCGUGGCCGGUGGCGCAGCAGGAGGCAGCGCACGCAGCAAUAGCGGAGAUUGAGGCACAGGCCCUUCGAGACAUGCAGCUGAUGCCAGGCGUGCUCGAGCUGUCACAGAAAUUGGACGAGCGUGGCGUGCCACGCGCCCUAGUGACCCGCAAUGUGAAUGCCUCCAUCGCGUUUUUUCAUCGUCACCACUUCACGUUGCCACCAUUCACUCCCGCUCUUUCACGCGAGUUUGCGCCAUACAAGCCAAACCCUGCCAGCUUGCUGCACAUCGCUGAAAAGUGGGGCGUGCCUCCUGAGGAGCUCGUAAUGGUGGGCGACAGUGCGAAAGAUGAUAUUGUGUGUGGCAACCGGGCAGGGGCGGUGACCAUUUUGCUGGAUGAGGAGCGGCGGUGGGGCAGCGUGAUGGAGCUGCAGGGUGAGGAGCGGCCGCACUUUAUUGCUCGCUCGCUGGGAGAGGUGCAGCAGGUGCUGGAGCACCACGUGGAGCUGCUGCCGCCUGCAGUGCCGCCGCAGCCCUUGACCUGA